GUUCACAUUUAUUGCGCAAACGCAUACUGUCAUACUGCUUCCGGGUGGAUCGAUUGCUGAAAAUUUUAUGUGUAUGAGGUAAACCAUGAAUUCAGCAACAGUGCCCCAGCCAGUAGAAGAUGUUCAUGGAGACGGAAGAUGGAUGAGUCAGCACAAUCGCUUUAUAGUAGAAGGGAAAGACCGAGAGCCUGAAGUUUUGUUUGUUGGUGAUUCUUUGAUUCAGAGGAUGGCGCAGACAAAUCUGUGGGAAAGCAUGUUUGAACCUCUGCAUUGUCUGAACUUUGGUAUCGGUGGCGACCAGACCCAGAAUAUUUUGUGGAGGUUGAUGAAUGGAGAACUAGACACUCUAGAACCUAAGGUCAUCGUGGUUCUAGCUGGUACUAACAAUUACAGUAACACUGCCGAGGAGGUGACCGACGGAAUCAUAGAGAUUGUCAACGUCAUCCAAAACAAGCUGACGAGCUCACAGAUUAUUGUCAUGGGAUUGCCUCCAAGAGGAGAAAAUCCUAACAAGCUACGAGAGAAAAAUGCAGAAAUUAAUUUCAAUUUGUCACAAAAACUUGAAAAUAUGGCCAAUGCCAGUUUCCUUAACAUAGAAGCAUCCAUGUUUGUGCGGGAAAAUGGUGUCAUCAGCCAUGCAGAUAUGUUUGAUUAUUUGCAUUUAACAAAUGCUGGUUAUCAAAAACUUUGUGAACCUUUGCUUGAGGAAAUUCAGAACUUGCUGCAGGUGUUUGUGAAAGUAGAAAACACGUCAAUGACGAUAUCUACAACGGCGUCGGACGUGGACGACUAGGUCACUGGACCAUGGCUGGCUAUUGUGAUACUCGUUUUGACAUUUGUUGUGGACACACUCUGUGUUGAUGCCAUUAGAUGGUCAAUCAUGCUUUCAUUGUCAGUGAUAUUCACAAUUAAGCUUCAACUCCAUGCAAAAAUGUCCUAUUGGAGAAAGGAAAGAAAAAUGAUGUCAAAUUGUCUUCAAACACUUACUUACACAAAUGUUUGUAAACAUUUAAUUAGUGUCUGAUCUGUAAAGCUCAUUUUUGCCAUGGAUUGGUCCUUUAUAUUUGUAACUUGAUUCCUGGAAAAUUAGACAGAGAGUAACACAGAUGUCAUUUUUGGUUGAGAGUGCAUUUGCUAUAUAUACACUGUAGAUGUGUAAAUGUUCAUGAAUGAUAUUUUUAAUUGAAUAGGCACUGUAAGCCUUCCAUCUUUGAUAUGCCUCCAGUCACUGAGAGUGAAGUCUAGGCCAUUUUAUUUCAAUAAGUCUAAAUCCUAUUUCUGAAAUCUAGAUUAAUGAUUUGGAAUUGUUAACAUUGACUAAUUAAUAUUCUGUAUGAAACAGGUCUGUUAUUGGAAAUACUACAUCAUUGCUGUGACCUUGAGUAUUUGUGCAAUAGGAAAUUUUUACAGGAUUGAUAAUCUUUAUAUGGAUAACCUGUUUAUACAGUAGAAAAACAGAAAAUAUGAUAAAGAUGUUGUGCAUCAUAAACACCCUUUCUCAUUACCAUAGUAACAAGUGUUCCAGUUUCUAGUCAGUGCAGUGGUUUUUUUUCAAUGGUGUGCUACCUGGCUUAUGGUGCAGUGUAUUUUGAUCCGGACUUGACAGAGUAAAUUUUAUACUGCAAUGUAAAAAGUCAUCAGCAGAGUGAUGAAAUGACAACUUUUUGUGGCUGUGCCACUUUGGCUUAACAUUCCAGAUGACAUGCAAUACGUUCUAGGUUGAUGUGCAAUACAUUUUAGUUAGACUUGAGACAUUCAGGAUACAGUUAAAACUGUCUUUUCCAACGCCUGUAUAACCCAUUUCACCCCAAAAUGAAUUCCCAGUUGUCUUUUUUUUCCAUGUACUUUUACAAUGUGCAAUACGACAUCUUGUCCAGUUGACACAAUAAUUUGUCGCCUAGAGAUUGUUGAAUUUAUACAAGUUUUACUGUACAGGCGUCAAUAUUAAGGAUGUUUGACUGACAGUGCUUUUGUUGACAGAAAUGUUUUUGUUUAAUAAUAGAAAUAUGUGUAGGUAAUAAGAAUGUUUUUGUUGGCAAAUAGAAAUGUUUGUUUUGGGAAUAGAAAUGUUUUUCUGUUGGUAAUAGAAAUGUUUGAAUUUAUGAGAAAAGGUGUUUUAAAUUUAAUGUUUAUAACACAAGUUUUUAAAAUUCUUAGCAGCCCAACUUAGAAUCAUAAGUUUUUACAGCUGUAAUUUAAUUUGAAAAGAGUCUGAAAUUAAUAAUUUUUAAUGAUUCGUUGUAAUAUUGUUGUAUAUCAUGAAAAUCAUGACUAUAAAUUUUUUAUAUACAGUCAACUCUCGAUAAACCGCCACCUUUUGUUCUUAUGAAAUUAUGGCAUUAUAACGAAUUUGGCGAUGAAUUGAAUUACUGCCAUCUUGAAGAAAUAGAGUUACUGUUCUUUUAUAUAUAAGAGUUAUCUUUCCUCUUUUUACAAUACUUACGUAAGUGAGCGAUCGGGUAACAUUCGGUAAAACAAUACUGUCUCGUCUAUGUUAUAAAUCUUUCAAAUCAUAAUUUUUCAUUACUUCUAUUGCCUCUUUCCGGCCAUCAAUGAUCAAACUCACAUAAAUUCCGGCAUUUUCACCGCUUAUAAUUCUGGAAGAAAUUACAUGACGUUGUUUGAAACGAGUUAGCCACCCUUCAGAAUAAUUGAAAUUGGACAUUCCUAGCUCUGCACAAUACUGUUUUCCCUUUUCAAUUAUCAUAUCCCCGGUAACAGGAAUGUUUUUUGUCCUGACUUGCGUAAACCACAUAAACAACGCCUUUUCUAAGUCAGUAUUAAGUCCACUGCGGUGCCGUUUCCUGGCAGGCGGGCAAGAAUUCCAUCCUUUGCUGCUACGAUGUCGCCCACAGAAAAAUGAUUUGCAAUAUCCUGACGGGUACAUUUUGGAUGAUGUCAUUGGUACAUAAUGAUUUGCUUUUUCUCAUCAAAAUUUAACAGGACCCUCUUUCGUGGCGAAGCCAUAGCUAAAUUGAAAUGUGUUUCUAUGAUAUAUAAACAACUUGACUACAGUUCAUCUCGAGUAAUUUUCUUGUUUAUUCAAUACAGCAAUUAUUGGGAUCCUUCUGUCCAGGUGAUCCAGAGAUCGAUAAUGACCAAUUUACUGCUUCACUGACCACGUGCACCCAUGGCGGUUUAUCGAGAUAAUUAACACAUUGAAAUAUACUUUUGUAAUGAAAACACUGUGGCAAAUGGCGAUAGCGAAUUUGGAGGUUUAACGAGAGUUUUAAGUAACAGGAAAAAUGUUCCUAGAAAAAUACGGCGUUAUAACGAAAAUGGCGGUGAAUUGAGUGGCGAUAAUUCGAGAGUUACCUGUACCUCUUUUGCAUGACAGAUAUGUGACAGAAAAUCUGUAAGGCUUCUUUGAUGUGUUUUCAAAUGCAGAGUUAUUUCCCUUUAUAUUAAUGAACAGUACAGUUUGGGGAAAUGUUAUUUGGCAUGUGCAAGGGUCAUUCUACAAAACACAGUAAUAGUACAAAACACAGUAAUAGUAACAUUAGGGAUCAAAAUAUAGAAGAUAUAGCUUUUUAUCAGUAGGCGAUCUGACAUAUUGCAGUAUAUUUUUAAAACUAAAUAUCUCAAUCAAGGAUUUCAUUAUUUUAUUCUUAACUAAUUUUAGAUGUAUAUUUUGAAUGUACCAAAUUGAGUCUUUAGAGCAGGGUUGUGACAUCGAAAGAAAAAAAUACUGUUGACCAGGAAAUACCAUAAUGUUCGGUAAUUUUAGCAUCGGGGAAUAUUUUUCUCAAAAAAGUAGUUUGAAAUCCUAGUGCUUUAUUUUUUUUUUUUUUUAGCACAAAUGUGAGGCUUUUAUUUUUGGCAAAUGUUCUUCAUCUGCCAAAAGAGCCAACAUUCCCAGCAAGCUAAAAUUAUCCGAUAUACGAUAUUUGUUUUGUCAAUUUAUUUGCAGGAAGAAUUUCAUGAGCAAGUGAUAAUGAACUAAAAAAAUAUUAGAGAAACAGAAAGUACAUAAUGUAUCGCAAAAAACUAAUAUAUUUGGUGUUGUUUGGGGGAGGGGGGGGGGGGGCAUCUUACAAAGAAAGCUAAAGACCCGACCUCACAAAUAAAAUAAUGAUCUAUGCAGGAUUGUAUUUGUUCUGUUGGUUUUUGUGAUUGUUUCCUUGCAUUUAUGUGUAUAUUUCCUUAUAAUAAUGAAGUAGAAAAUGAUUAAUGACUUUUAUGUUACGCAUACAUGUAAAUGUUCAACAAAUUUAUCAGUUUCAUACUUGGUUGUUACAGAUUAAAAGAAAAAUUUCUUGUGACAAUGUCGGAACUAGAUUUUUUAUUUUUUUCCAUUGUUGCAUCCUCGAAAGCGAAAAGGUCUGGUUCACUAACUCUCAUGAGAGUUUGUAAAUUUGACAUUUGGCUUACAAAGAUGCCAUUGUUAUAUGUAACUUGCGAUUAUGUUUUUUACCACGUAUAGUACACAGUUGUUAUAGUUGAUUUUGAAAUGUGUAUGUUUUCUGACUUGAUAAAAAAUCAUGAUGAACUAUUUUAAGAUGAGCACUGUUAGAUGCAUUAUUGACAGUGCCAGAUGUAAUGAUGUUUAGUUAAGAUUUCCUCUGAAUUUGCUUUAGUCUACCUCAUUUGUAAUCAAUUAAAUUUUAAAUCUGGUUUGUCUGUAGAGGAACGGUUUUGUAGAGUAUGCAUAUUUCGGUGUGGUAGUUUGAAUCUGAUGCUGAAUUUGUACAGGUAGUACAAUGCCUGGUUAUUGUGUUCGCUUAAUAGACGCAAGGAUUAAGAAUGAUCAUGGUAAAUGCAUAAAGGUUAUAUUUUUUUUUGUUCGUAAAAGCAUUCCUUUUGUGGAGAAUAUAUUGAAGAAUAUGAAAUAUUUAUGUAAAUGUACUGCACUUGUCAUAUUAAGCACUAUUCACUGGAUGCUGUAUUUGCCUUAUUUGUGUAGAUAAAACCAAUACCUGCAACUUG